CUGGGACCACGAUUUAACAUCUCAUCUGAAGAUGACAUCUCUAACACUCACAGCACUGCAAUGGGAGUGAUCGGCCUGGACAAAACCAGUUCAAAAUCAAUAAGUUCAAAGAUGUGGAGUUUGAACCCAUAAUUUUCUGACUCAGAGGUGAGAGUGCUACUAAUUGAGCUAGGCUGACAUUCUUGCCAUAUCUUGCAGUGGUGGGAAGGAGGAAGAGAAUCAAUCAUGUAAAACGUCACAGGAAAGAUUUUGCAGUGAACAAUAUUCUGGUUUCAUAUUCGUAUAAGCCCUGGUGCGAUCAAUGCGCAGAAAGUAAAUUAAAAAGAGCCAAUCAGUGAUGGACUGCAAUUGAUUUUAUUUUCAAAAUAAGAAUUAAGGAUUUAUAAAACUAUUCCUACUUGCCCUCCAAUUGUACCAGGGUGGUGUUACCAAAAUCUGUUUCGUAAUAAAGCGAUUAGUUUGUAACAUUGCUAUAUUUUCAUUUCAAGAGUUGUUUAAAUUCCUCUUCCUUAAACUGCCUUUUCUGGGAAAAGAAAAACUGACUCAUUAAUGGACUGGGUUCACAGAUGUAAUGGGUGCAUCUGUUCCCAUUGCAAUACUUCUGAUUUAUCCAUAGCAACCUCAGUCCAGUAAUCUGGAUAUUGCGUUCAGCAGGGAUUUGAGUUGGGGAGGACAUCCAUUUGCUGACUGCAGGAACAGGACACUACCCUGAGAAACAGAUAAGUUUUGAACUGAAUUUCUGCAGAGCUGAAAAGAAGCAGGAUGUGGCAUUCGAUAUGAGCAUCUGCAAGGAUGAGCAUUUGGCAGUGGCUUUCUAUCAACGUGGGAUAACUUUCUUCAAAACUGAAAAUUAUGAAGAAGCCAUUAGAGACUUUAAGGAAGCAUUUCAUCAACUUAGAGGGAAUCUGCUGAUAGACUAUCACCAGCUAGGCCUGAGAUACAAGCUGUUUGCUUGUGAGGUGCUCCAUAACCAGGCACUGGCUCAUGCCCAGCUACAGACGUGGACCGAGGCGGAGGAGGUGUUGAAGAAUGCUUUGGGUUUCAAAACCGAGCCCAAGCAUAACUUUGUGGACGAGGCUUUGGGAGCUGUUCGGAACCAGAAGCUCUUUGAACUACUGCAGCUGCCGAGAGGACAGCUCUUCAGACCAAAGAAAAACAAAGUCGCCGAAUUGGAAAAACAGGACUUUCUGGGAGAAGCCAAGGUGGUGGCAUCAAUCGUUGACAAUGAUGAAUUCUCGGGCUUUGCACCUCUGCAGCCUCUGGUCCCAGAAACCGUCUCCAAAACAAAACCUCCAGAAAUACUGAAGUCCCUGCAGGGAGAACUUUACCGGGUUCUGUUUAACUUCAUUCCUAAAAAUGAACAGGAGCUGAGAGUGCAGUCGGGAAACAUAGUCAGUGUCCUGGAGAAAGGAGAUGACAGUUGGGCUACAGUCAUGUUUAACAACAAGUUUGGCUUGGUCCCUUCCAACUACCUGGAGCAACUGGAGCCUGCGAAGGAACAAAAAUCUCCGCCUCCUCAAAUCCCGGCACCUCCCACCACAGUAGCCCCUGAAAAGACAAGCUUGAAAGUGACAGGUGAGAAUCAAUUCGCAGGCAGAUCCCAUCAGCCGGGAGAACCUGCACGCAAGGUUCAGCACACGGAGCAACCCAUACCAAAACCCUCCAUUGUCAAAGUGCACUUCAAGUACACGGUGGUUUUGCGCGUGAAGCCAGGAAUAACGCACAUUGAACUGCAGGCUGCUAUUUGUAAGAAGUUCAAACUAACCGAGUGCAUAUUUGGUCUGAGUUACAAGGCGAGUGAUGAGCUUAUUCCCAUUACCAGCGAAACCAAGAUGAAGAGCGCGUGGAGUCAGUCCAACAAUGGACGUCUGACAAUUUGGUGUAAAUAUCUGAAGGUAAUGGCACUGUAUGACUACGAGACCUCAGAACCUGGCGAUCUGCUCUUUCAAGAGGGUGACAUCAUUCACGUUUUAGCACAAGUGAAUCAGGACUGGCUUGAAGGGCAAUGCAAAGAAAAUAUUGGUAUCUUCCCUUCAAUCUUCGUCAAACAGUUGAACAUGGACAACAUAUCAGAUGCAAACAUUUAAAUUUGUGCUGAAUUUUUCACCUCCCAGACAGAAAUCUGAGCAGGGAGAAAUUCCACCUGAAUGUAGAUUCUCUCAUUUACGUAGCAUAUUAAGAGUGUCCAGAAUUUGGCAAUUUGUUGAAUUCCACCCUAACUUUAAAGUUGUUAAAAGAACUUAUAAUAAUGCAUUUAAUAUAUGAAGAAUGACCAUGGGAUCUAAAAGAGAAUUUAGGAGAAACUACUUCAUGCGAUUAAUAAGAUUGUGGAACUUGCUGCCUGAAGCGGUGGUUGACCCAGAUAGAAGCCAGACCUUCACCUAAGAAAGGGAUAGCAGGAUAAGGGAGGAACUUAUGGGUAAAAACUUGUGUGGUAUUUAUGGGUAUAAACUCGGCACAGACCCUUGGGCCGAGUGGGCCAUUUCCAUGCUGUACAUUCAUUGCAAAUUUUUGUAGAAGUUUUCAAAUUUAAGGCAGUAUUUAAGAAUUUGACAAAUUCAGGACAUAAAAUGCUAGUCAAUCUAAACCCAGGACAAAUUUCUCCCCACACAUUUUUUGAAACCAGGCUAUUUUAAACGGUUUAGUGGCAUUUGCUUGAUGCUUGAAUGACCCUAAGCGAGAUAUUUUGAGUGUAGCAACUGAUGGCAUGAGCACGGUGGAUGGAUUAGAGGCACACAUCGUCAAAAUUGUUACACCAAGUCGCUAGCAGAACAUUAUGUACAGCAUUUCAGUCGAGUUACAACUGUGACAUUCGUACUCUAAAGCUUAAUCCGGGACGUUACCUUGCGUGAAGCGUGCUAAAUAAAUGCAAGUUGUUGUUAUAGUAAUCAGUGAAGGUAUUGGGUCCUACUUUAUGUAUAUUUCCAAAACAUUCAAGGUCUGUUUACUCAUCUUAUAUAGUGUGAGGAGUUCAGAGACCAUGGUCAUGUUUGCAAUGGAAGAACAAAAACAAACCAGGUUUGUGAAUAUUAGAAUUUUAACAGCAUUAUCAAAUAGAAAAGGAUUCAACCAGUACAUCGAGGUAACAUUUUAUAUUUAAAAGCAUGCUAAUGUAAGUGUCACUUAUUUAAUAUCAGAAUAAAAUAUUUGUAAAAAUUU